AUGAACGAGAAACUAGUGCUGGGCAUGUGUCUGGGCUCACUGGCCCUAACGCUGUUUUUGGCAGCCCUGGACAUCGUCAUCGUCAUUACCUUGUAUGACGUUAUUUCCGAGAAGUUUAACGCUUACGGCGAGAUUGGAUGGCUGGUUACAGGCUAUUCGCUUCCCAACGCACUCUUCACCCUACUGUGGGGCCGUUUGUCCGCCCUUUACGGGCUCAAAACGUGUCUCUCGGCGUCGAUUAUAAUUUUCGAAAUCGGAUCCCUGGUCGUAGCGCUUGCUAACUCCAUGUCCAUGCUCAUCGGCGGUCGUGUCAUCGCAGGUAUCGGCGGUAGCGGGAUCCAGUCGCUGGUAUUUGUCGUGGGUACCUCGCUGGUCGAAGAGCGCAACAGAGGCAUGGUAAUCACCGUUCUGGGAAUGGCUUUCAUGGUCUCCAACGCCGUGGGGCCGGUUCUUGGCGGAGCUUUCAGCCAACACGUCAGUUGGCGUUGGUGUUUCUACAUCAAUUUGCCCAUUGGAGGUCUGGCAUAUGCCAUGUUGCAGAUUUUUUACAACCCUGCAAAAGUCACAUUUCGUGAAACCGUUGGCGACAAGGUGUCAGCUGUCAAAAGCUAUCGCUAUUCCAAUAUGCUAACGGCCAAAUUUUGGGGCUACCUGUGGCGUUUCUUCAUUUACAAGCUCGAUUUCGUCGGAUUCGCCUUGAGUUCCGCCGGAUUUGUUCUGUUCCUGCUCGGACUCACUUUCGGAGGCGAAAAAUACAGUUGGAGUUCAGGCACCAUAAUUGCGUACCUCACUGUGGGACUUGUCCUACUUGUGCUAUGGUGUGUAUAUGAUUUCAUCGUCCUGCCGUAUCUGGGUAAGUUCCUACCUGAAAACGAGCGUGCUGAGCCCUUGUUGCCUUGGGCUUCGGUGAAAAUCAUUGGUGCCCUUGCCGGAACAAUUUCCAACUUCUUCGUGUGCUUUGGCAUGAACAUGGCAAUGAUUUAUCUCAUCCAGUUUUACCAGCUGGUAAGAAAUGAAAGCGCAACUGCGUCAAGUAUGCAUAUGUGGGGAUUUCUUGUUCCAGCCAUUGUGUUCAUUGUUGUACAAGGUAAUAUCAGUAAAAGAUUCGGAAUCAUCAAGCCUGUUGCUGUGGUAGGUUCUGCUUUGGGCACCGUCGGUGCUGGUCUCUUGACCAUGCAAAAUGGUUCGACUCCACUGGGGCAUUCUAUUGGCUACUCCAUUCUUCCCGGUAUCGGUUUCGCCGCUAUCAUGCAAUCGACAAUGCUCAGUGCGCAGAUUCAAGUUGAAAAAACCGAUCCUGAUUUCCGUCAAAAAUUCAUUGAGUUGACGGCUCUCAAUACGUUUGGUAAAGCGAUGGGAAUGGCUUUCGGUGGUAUCGUCGCCACACUCAUCUUUUCCUCCACGGUGAAAGAUCGUUUAAAACACGCGGAUUUCUCGAUUCCCAAUAUGCAAAGCUCUGCAGAUAUUGUGAGCUACCGUGAACGUCACUACGACGGCGCAGAAUCUCCAUUAGCAAAGGUGCUGACCAAGGGCGUGCAAAACGUUUUUUAUGUGUCGGUAGGAUGUUAUGCUUUGAGUUUCUUAUUCAGUAUAUUCAUGUCCAACAAGCGUUUGUUCGUGGGGCCCAAACCAGAAACACAGGAUAUGAGCAAGGAUUUAGAGCACGACUCGACAUCUCUCCACGAUUCCAAGGGAGAGAAAAAAUUUCUCGACACCGCAUCCUCUGGUCCUUCUAGUUCUGAGGUCGGUUCCAACGCGCAAGCACAGCAAGUCAGGGACGCCUGA